GGGGGGGAUCGCGGAGAGAGCCCUACGAGGGUUCUGGGGGUCUCGUCCGCUCAUCCGGCUCCGCUUCUGCUCCCAGAAGCCGGCGAUGCGCGCGUGCGCCCUCCUUGCGGGUGCGCUUCGGGACCCCGGGCUCUGCGCCCGCGCGCCGCGGGCUCCAUCGCUGCUCCGCGUCCCCCGGGCCCUGCCCUGGCCCCGGCCCCGGCCCCGGCUCCGGCUCCUGCUGCUGCUGCUUCUCCUGCCGCCCUCGGUCCUCUCGGCCGUCUUCACAGUGGGGGUGCUGGGCCCCUGGGCCUGCGACCCUAUCUUCGCCCGCGCACGCCCGGACCUGGCCGCCCGCCUGGCCGCCGCCCGCCUGAACCGCGACCCGGCGCUGGAAGGCAGCCCCCGCUUCGAGGUCACGCUGCUGCCAGAGCCGUGCCGGACGCCGGGCUCCCUGGGGGCGGUGUCCUCCGCGCUGGGCCGCGUCUCGGGCCUCGUGGGGCCGGUGAACCCCGCAGCCUGCCGGCCCGCCGAGCUCCUGGCCCAAGAGGCGGGCGUGGCGCUGGUGCCCUGGGGCUGCCCCGGGACGCGGGCGGCGGGCACGACGGCCCCUGCCGGGACGCCCGCGGCGGACGCCCUCUACGCUCUCCUCCGCGCCUUCCGCUGGGCGCGCGUGGCCCUGGUCACCGCGCCGCAGGACCUGUGGGUGGAGGCGGGCCGCGCGCUGUCCGCCGCGCUCAGGGCCCGGGGUCUGCCCGUGGCCCUGGUGACCACCAUGGAGCCCUCGGACCUGUCGGGAGCCCGGGAGGCCCUGAGGAGGGUCCAGGACGGGCCCAGAGUCAGUGCAGUGAUCAUGGUGAUGCAUUCGGUGUUGCUGGGCGGCGAGGAGCAGCGCUGCUUACUGCAGGCGGCAGAAGAGCUGGGCCUGGCCGAUGGCUCCCUGGUCUUCCUGCCCUUCGACACGCUCCACUACGCCUUGUCCCCGGGCCCGGAGGCCUUGGCCGCGCUCGCCAACAGCUCACAGCUUCGUAGGGCCCACGAUGCAGUGCUCACCCUCACGCGUCACUGUCCCCCGGGAGGCAGCGUGAUGGACAGCCUGAGCAGGGCCCAGGAGCACCAGGAGUUGCCCUCUGACCUCAAUCUGGAGCAGGUGUCCCCACUCUUCGGCACCAUCUACGACGCGGUCUUCCUGCUGGCGGGGGGCGUGGCGCGGGCGCGGGCGGCCGCAGGGGGCGGCUGGGUGUCCGCAGAGGCGGUGGCCCGCCACAUGCAGGAUGCCCAGGUGCCCGGCUUCUGCGGGGCCCUGGGAGGAGCCAAGGAGCCCCCGUUCGUGCUGCUGGACACGGAUGCGGCGGGGGAUCAGCUCUUCGCCACCUACAUGCUGGACCCCACCCGGGGCUCCCUCCGCUCAGCUGGGACCCCGGUGCAUUUCCCUAGAGGGGGAGGAGCACCUGGGCCAGACCCCUCGUGCUGGUUCGAGCCAGACAUCAUCUGCAACGGAGGAGUGGAGCCCCGCCUCAUCUUUAUCGGCUUCCUCCUGGUGGUUGGGAUGGGGCUGAUGGGGGCCUUCCUGGCCCAUUAUGUGAGGCAUCGGCUACUUCACAUCCAAAUGGUCUCUGGCCCCAACAAGAUCAUACUGACUCUGGACGAUAUCACCUUUCUCCACCCGCCAGGGGGCAGCACGCGAAAGUUGGUCCAGGGGAGCCGAUCGAGUCUGGCCACCCGCAGCACGUCAGACAUUCGCAGCGUCCCCAGCCAGCCCUCGGAUAGCUCCAACAUUGGUGUCUAUGAGGGAGACUGGGUUUGGCUGAAGAAAUUUCCCGGGGAUCAGCACAUAGCUAUCCGCUCAGCAACCAAGACAGCCUUCUCCAAGCUCCAGGAGCUCCGGCAUGAGAACGUGGCCCUCUACCUGGGGCUCUUCUUCGGCGGCGGAGCGGGUGGCUCGACGGCCGCGGGGGAAGGCAUGCUGGCUCUGGUCUCAGAGCACUGCACCCGGGGCUCCCUCCACGACCUCCUCGCCCACAGAGACAUCAAGCUGGACUGGAUGUUUAAGUCCUCCCUCCUCCUGGACCUCAUCAAGGGAAUGAGGUAUCUGCACCAUCGAGGCGUGGCCCACGGGCGGCUUAAGUCACGGAACUGCGUGGUGGACGGGAGGUUCGUGCUCAAAGUCACGGACCACGGCCACGGGCGACUGCUCGAAGCGCAGAGGGUGUUAGCGGAGCCUCCCAGCGCGGAGGACCAGCUAUGGACAGCCCCGGAGCUGCUUCGGGACCCGGCCCUGGAGCGCAGGGGAACGCUGGCGGGUGACGUCUUCAGCCUGGGCAUCAUCAUGCAGGAGGUCGUGUGUCGCAGCGCCCCCUACGCCAUGCUGGAGCUGACUGCCGAGGAAGUGGUGCAGAGGGUGCGGAGCCCCCCUCCACUGUGUCGGCCCUCUGUGUCCAUGGACCAGGCGCCCAUGGAGUGCAUCCAGCUGAUGAAACAAUGCUGGGCAGAGCAGCCAGAACUUCGGCCCUCCUUGGACCGCAUCUUCGACCAGUUCAAAGGCAUCAACAAGGGCCGGAAAAUGAACAUCAUUGACUCCAUGCUGAGGAUGUUGGAGCAGUACUCCAGUAACCUGGAGGACCUGAUCGGGGAGCGCACAGAAGAGCUGGAGCUGGAGAAGCAGAAGACCGACCGGCUGCUCACGCAGAUGCUGCCUCCUUCUGUGGCCCAGGCCCUGAAGAUGGGGACACCUGUGGAGCCAGAGUAUUUUGAGGAGGUGACGCUCUACUUCAGCGACAUCGUGGGCUUCACCACCAUCUCAGCCAUGAGCGAGCCCAUCGAGGUGGUGGAUCUGCUCAACGACCUCUACACACUCUUCGAUGCCAUCAUCGGCUCCCACGACGUCUACAAGGUGGAGACAAUUGGGGACGCCUACAUGGUGGCCUCGGGGCUGCCCCAGCGGAACGGGCAGCGGCAUGCCGCCGAGAUCGCCAACAUGGCUCUGGACAUCCUCAGCGCCGUGGGCUCCUUCCGAAUGCGCCACAUGCCCGAAGUGCCCGUGCGCAUCCGCAUCGGCCUGCACUCGGGCCCGUGCGUGGCGGGCGUGGUGGGCCUCACCAUGCCGCGGUACUGCCUGUUUGGGGACACGGUCAACACCGCCUCGCGCAUGGAGUCCACGGGGCUGCCUUACCGUAUCCACGUGAACAUAAGCACCGUGCAGAUUCUCCGCGCUCUGGACCAGGGCUUCCAGACUGAGGUGCGAGGCCGCACCGAGCUGAAGGGCAGGGGCGCAGAAGACACGUACUGGCUGGUGGGCAGACUCGGCUUCAACAAGCCCAUCCCAAAACCGCCUGACCUGCAACCCGGGGCCAGCAACCAUGGCAUCAGUCUGCAGGAGAUCCCCCUUGAUCGGCGACAGAAGCUGGAGAAGGCGAGACCGGGCCAGUUCUUUGGAAAAUGAGGCCCAGCCCGCGCAGGAAUAUUCCGGAAGGUCCUUUUCCUGAAAGUUGCUGCUAUAGGUGACCAAAAGUCUGGCUAAUAACCAGUGGCUUCUAGCCAGCUCUGCCUCAAAGGAUUCUGGGCCUUUACAGGAGCUGGUUGCAAACCCGCUGUGUGACCUCGGGAAAGUUUCAUGCGCUCUCUGGGCUUGGGGUCCCCCUCCAUGAUGAAAUGAGGAGAGGCCUAGGUGGUUUCCGCACUCCCCGGCUCUGACAGCUAGGCGUCAGCGUGGUUGGCCUGGGGAUACGGGCCACUGGGCUUGCGGCCUCCAGCCCCAGUGACUCUGAGCCCAUCAGGAGAGGUUGGGGUGGGGAUUCUCCACUUUCCAGCCCCCCCCCGUCCCCCCCCGCAGGCCCCAGGAAGGAGGGUCUGGGAUUGGCUGCCCCAACCCCAGAGGUGGGGGGAGGAGACCGCCUGUUCCUCCAGAGCAGAGUUGUCCGGUGGCCUGAGGAUUAGUCUCUGUUUAGCUUCCAGCAUCCUUCCCUUCAUCCCCACCCCACCCCCUGCCCCCAGUCAGAAACUGGCUCCUCCCUUGGGCACAACCGUGACUUGCCCAAGUGCAGAGAAAAGCCGGCUUCAAGGCUUUGGGUAAAGGAAGGGAAACAGGCUGCACCAAACCUUUACUAGCCAGAACCCCUAAGGAGUCGUACUUUUCCCUGAGUGGUUGGUGGCAAGCACCUGGGAGCUUGCUGGAAAUGCAGACUCUCGGGCCCAGACCUGAAGCGAAUCAGAAUUGGCAUUUGAGCGAGCUCCCUCCGACUGUUUCUGUGCACUUGAACGUCGGCGAGUCGUGUCACCACCACGCGAUCCUAAGAAUCUCUAAGAUUUCAUAGAAACCAGUCCCGAGACUUGUUUUGUCUGGGCUCUGGGGUAGUUUUGUUUUGAGCUUACGUUUAGAAAUGUUAGGGCUUCGCUCUUCCCUUCUAAUGGUCCCCGCCCCUCACUUGAGCUCAGGACUCGGGGAGUAGCUGCUGAUGGGAUCCCAGGAGCUCCCGGAGCGGGUCUGGCCUGGCUUGUGAAAUCCACAAGCUCUGUGGUCCUCCCAUCCCCCUUCCUAAGGGCUGAGAACGAAUGAGUAAGAAAUCUAAAAUCCAGCACUUGUAGCUUCUGGUUACUUGAGGUGGUGCUGCUAGAAUGAGUAAUUUAGUGCAAUUAAAAAAAAAAACGUUUUAAAUGGAGUCUGGAGAUGAUGAGUUAAAGUUUAAAAAAAACAAAAAACAAAAAACCACCCGGAUGCGCGCACAUGCGUGCACACAGUAUUUUUAGAAAAAAAAUUAUGUAUGUUCUUAAAUAUCUCUCUUCAGAUUUUCUCUGUACUUGGGCCCCGGGGAUUGAGGGCAGGCCACAUUGCUGGCACAGGGCCUGACAGUGUGACCCGAGUCCUCACUCCCCUGUCCCUUCCCAGGCCUCCCCCUCCCCACCCCCAGAAUCCCCCACUUCUACCCUUUCUCUCUCCUUCCAUCCCACCUGUGAGGAUGGCCUGUGAUUCAGCGGAGCCUCCGGGCAGAGUUGACCCGGGAUUACCGGAUUACACGCAAGAAGACUAGCCUGGGCAGGCUGGGGCAGCAAGUCCUAGAGGAGGAGGAGCUUGGGCCCGAACCCUGUUUGGGGCAGAGGCGGAGGCAGCAGGGCUGAGCAGGUCCCUUGCCGCCCUCACCUCUGCCUUGUCCCGAGACCUGAGUGGGCAGACGUGACCCGGGAGGAGCCUGUAGAGGUUGAGCGAGAGCGGAGGCCCAGCCCAGAGCUCACAGAGCCGGUGCGAGAAGGGCGGGGAAAGUUGAGGCGCAGUCUCUUUCUCUCUGCCCCUCUGCUCCCUUCUCCGACCCUGUCUCCCCCCCUGCUCUCCUCUCUCUGCCCACACUUCCUCCCUGCCUGCCGGUCCCUGCAGCUCCCCCAUUUCUGUGGAAACUUCCUUCCUGGGCCCAAUCACUGUCCUAGAGCCCCGCUCCCCCUGGCCCCCGGCCCCCUUCACCUGCUCACCCCCGUGGUUCCUGGGACGCUGGCAGCCCCAGCCCCGAGAGCACCUGGCUUGGCCGUCAGGCUCUCCCCACCCUCAGAUGUGUUUACACUGCCUCUGUUGGCCGCCCGGCACCGGGAGCCCCACGUGGGGCUGUCCUCGCCUUUGGGGUGGCUCUGUAGCCCGGACUGUGAUGGCCAGCAGGGCCCUCCUGCAGCUGCUGCUGCUUCCAUCCUGUAGCUGCAACUCCACAUCAUGUCCCGGCGCUCACUUGGCGCCUUUUCUCUGCUGCUCCUCAGGGUCGGGGCCCUGGUCCCCAUCCCCAGCUGCAGUGGGCCCCAGGCACCCCGCUUUGGGGGAUCUAUGACACUGCAUUGUGGGGGCCUGUGGUCACUGGGACCUUCUGGACUGUGUGCUGUGGAUGCCAGGCUGUGUGCCACGGUGCUGGUCCUGGGAGGGUGAGGGCUGAAAUA